UGGCGGGGCGGGGCGCGCGGGCGGAGCGGGAGUGCGCGCGGGCUCGAGCGGCGUCCGGCUGCCCGGCGGACCCGAGGACCCGCACGAUGCGUCGCGAGGCGGGCGCGGUGGCGGCGCUGCUGCUCGCGCUGCUCGCCGAGUGCACAGAGGCCAAAAAACAUUGCUGGUAUUUUGAAGGACUCUAUCCAACGUAUUACAUAUGCCGCCCCUACGAGGACUGCUGUGGCUCCAGGUGCUGCGUGCGGGCCCUCUCCAUACAGAGGCUGUGGUAUUUUUGGUUCCUCCUGAUGAUGGGCGUGCUCUUCUGCUGCGGAGCGGGCUUCUUCAUCCGGAGGCGCAUGUACCCCCCACCGCUGACCGAGGAGCCUGCGUUUAAUGUGUCCUAUACCAGGCAGCCACAGAGCUCCGCUCCAGGUGUCCAGCCCCCGGGGCUCCCGUACUACGCCGACCCCGGAGGACCAGUGCUGACUCCUGCAGGCAGCGCCAUGGCCAUGGCUUUCCAGGUGCAGCCACAUUCCCCGCAGGGCAGCACCACCUACCCACCGCCCCCAUCCUACUGCAACACCCCGCCGCCCCCCUAUGAGCAAGUGGUGAAGGCCAAGUAGGGCCGCCGCCCGCCCAGUGAUGGAAAGUGCAGGGACACAGGCAGAGGCUCCGCCCUCGCUCCCCUCUCUGUCAUCUGCUUCCAGGAACUGUCUUGUGAGCCACUAGAGGCAAACACUCUUGGGCCUCCAGAGCCAAUACGGCCCCGAGUUGCCCCAGGAGGACCAACGUCCACAUCCAUUCUCUGUCUCUCUGUGGCCUGUUUCUGCUGGGACAGAGGGGAUCCUCCCAAAUCCCCAGAGUGCACCAAGACCCUCAGGAGAGACUGGGAGGUGAAAGAGGCUUCGUGGGCUGUGCCAGCAGCAGCAGAACCAAAGGGGCCUAUGGUCUUCUCUGUCUUGCUCACUUAGAAGCCCUUAGAAUCAGCCCAUGGGGCGAGCCUCUUAGCACAUUUUCAUCUCCACUGGCUUCCCAGAGAUGAGGGAGGCUGGGAGAGCUGCAGUAACAUGAAUCCAGCAUUGGGCCCGGCUGGAUGUCUGCAGUCACCUGAAAACCGGAGGAAAACCACCUAAAUUCAGACGGCUUCCUGCCCCGCCCAGAGACCUCGCAUUUUGUGAGCUUCAAUCUGCCCUGCUGGAGAGACAUUUGCUCUUUGUGGUAUGUGUGGAGCGCUGUCCUCUAAGGGCCUCUGCUCAGUCGCUCAGAUUCCCCACAGCCUUUCCUGCAGCAGCUCCCUGGCUGGGGUGUGUUGGCGGACACCCCAAAGGCAGGAGGUCACACAGCAGCCUCCAUGUCCACGCCAGCCAUGGCCCGUGCUCUAACCUCACCUGGUGAGAUGCUGAGGAAACGGACAGAGUAGGCAAAUGAAUCCAGGACUGCGGUAGGUCUCUCAGAAGGUACUGAAACAGCCCCGAGAUCCACGUCAGCAAGUGCUGUGGCUGGCCCGGCAAGCUUGGGUCCGAAACUUUUCCCCCCACCACCGUCCCGGGCCCGGACAGUGAGCAGAGUUAGUGGUGUUGACAUUGUGGUUAGCCUGCCUGAGACAGGAAGGGGAGAGUGACAUAGAUCCAUAUGUGUGUAGUAGUGGGACAGGGUGGGGGGUGGGGCCUGGGGUUGGGGAUUGAGCUAAGGUUUAAACAAACCAAUUGGAACCUCUUGAAGAAGUGCAGUUCCUUGAACUUGAGCAAUAAGUGUCUUACUGAGGUGGAUGCUGGGUGUCUCCAUCCCUCUCCAUCGUGCAUCUGGCACCCUGCUCUAUUGAGACAGCUUCUAGGGGAGCAGGGGGGAGUUCCAGCACCUUCCUUAGAGGACAGAUAAUCUGGGAGACUUCGGGUUAUGGCACAGGAAAUGCCCCUGAGAGCGCAGACACUGAUGCCAGCCCUGGGACCACCCUCACUCGACUUCUGGAUCCCGGCCCCUGAGGAGGACUGCCCAUGGCCAAGUCCUCACACACGCCCGAGGUAACAAAGCACAACAUUUGCUGUUUACAACCAGGGACAAUGACAGGGCUCCAAACAGUCUCUCCUCUAGGUCAUUUGUUUUGCCUUUUCAACUUCAACUUGACCCUUUCCUUUUCUGGUCUGAAAGCACACUCAAGCUGGCCUGGACUCCACCCAGGUGCCACCGAAGAGCACCCAAUUGUCCACCCCAAAUUUUGUUUAUCUUUUUUGAUAGAAAAUGGUCAUAACAGACUGGACGCUUCGAGGUUAGUGCUGAGCAGUUUUCUAUGCCCACCUUUGUCUAAGAUGAGUGUGGCUUCCCCCUUGGACCACAGUGAGAGCCCGCUGCAGUGUCCACUCCUGCUGCGUGUGGAAAUCCCACUGGGUCACAUCCCCAGCUGUCUCCUGCCCUCUGCGCUGCUGUGGCUGGCGCCAUCUGGCUCCUGCAGGUCCAGGUGCUUAAGCAUGAACUUGGAGAGGGUCCAUGCAUGUUUUUCCUUGGUGGCACUUGGCUCAUUCCUGUCUCUUUUGUUCUAUUUUGAUAGGGUUCUGUUUCCUAUGUAUGCGAAAUAAAAAUUAAUUUGGA